ACGUUUCCGAAGAAGGGUCAGACAUGUGUGGUGCACUACACAGGAAUGCUACAGAACGGGAAGAAGUUUGAUUCCUCCAGAGACAGAAACAAGCCUUUCAGGUUCAAGAUUGGCCGGCAAGAAGUCAUUAAAGGAUUUGAAGAAGGUGUUACGCAGAUGAGCUUAGGACAAAGAGCAAAGUUGACCUGCACACCUGAGAUGGCCUACGGAGCCACAGGCCACCCUGGGGUCAUCCCUCCCAAUGCCACUCUCCUCUUUGACGUGGAGCUUCUCAGGCUGGAGUGAAUCUUCUCGAGGGCGUUGGCUGGAGACAUCUGUUAAUAACCAUCUGGUCCCCCUCGCCUUGCCGGCAGCGGGAGAAAUCUCCACUGGAAUCCCAAUCUUCCCUGCUCAAGCUGUCCUGUCAGUAGCGCCUGCCGUUCGGGUUCUUACGCCUUCCUUCUCUUUUUUAACUUUGUGGUGUCCAUAUUUGCCUUUUAUUAGAAGCUUCGCUUUAGGAAAAAUGUCUACUGUUGUAACAUUUUCAAGUUGUACAUUUUAUUUAAUUUGCAUGUAGGAAGAAUACACAGUGACGACUGAAAAUAUAUAUAGAUAUAAAUAUAUAUAUAUUCCUUAUUGAAAAACCACUGCCUUACUGUACACUUAAACCAAGAAGAAAACAAACCAAAAGGUGCUCAAAAAACAAAAAAAUCCAGUGUACGCCUUGUACAUGAACGGGCAUUAGCCAAACAGAGUUACCUGCGCUGCCACUUUCCUCAACUUGUACGUUCUGCUUGCUGCUGUUUUAAAAAAAUACCGUCUCAUUUAAGAAUUAAAAAUAUAUAUAUAAAACAAUAAAAUCUUGACACUUUA